UCAGAAGAGAGUCGCUCUCCGUCUCCCUCAACCUUUGCACAACAUUACUUACAUGUUAUGCUGUGUCUUAAAGUUUAACUAAGAAAACAAAACAAAACAAACUUUGGGUUACGUUGGGUUAUCCUGCAAAGUUGAAACAGUGGAUCACCUGGGACUGUCUUUUGUGAUUUCUUAGUGAAGCUCAUGAUAUGGUUACCACUGGCAGCGAGAAACAACAGUCUUCAGUCCUGUAUGACAACUGGAACUUCAGUCCUGUAUGACAACUGGAACUUUUCCACUGGAAAUCCACUGAAGAUCAAACACACAAGAAGAGGUGCACCAUGGGAUACAUUUGCCGGGCCACCAGUGUAGCAUGGUAUCUCUGGGCGCCACUGGUUGGUGCAGUCAUGUGGCAAAAUCCAGAGGUACUGUCCUCAAUUAUCCAAGGAGGUGGGAGUGAAAAGACUGUCAAAGCAUUCCAAAGGACACUCUUGGCUGACGACAGCACACCAGGCACCACAGCACAACAUGCAUCCAUUGGCGUCGACACAGGUGCCGUCGACACAGGCAGCAACUCGGGGACGUGGCCAUACCUGCUGGCGGCCCUCCUCACCAUGCUCUCUGUCUCGCUUUUCAUCGUGGUGGUCGUCAAGUGCCGCCUCUACGAGCGCUACCUGGCCAGCUACCGCCACGUGCUGCUGCCCGAGGGCGACCCGGUCAGCCAGUACGACCCCCGGGGCCUGGAGGUCGGCUUCCCCCCACAGAGCGUGAUGGAGCGGGUGCCCCCCCGCCACUUCCACAUUGCGGACGACGGCGACGACGGCGACGACGACGGGUUCAUCGAGGAUAACUACAUCCAGGCCGGAGGGAGUGGGAGGGCUGAGAGGGAGAGAGAACAGGAGAGGCACGCAGGGGACGAGAGUGACACCGACGACGACCUGGACCUUGACCAGUUCAGCAUCGGAUGA